AUGGAAAAGUACAAUAAGUUGGUGAAUGAAAUCACCAACUUUACUCAACAACCAGGAGAGACUCUAUGUGCAGCCUGGACUCGAUACCAGGAGUUGAUCAGAAAGUGUCCACAAUAUGACUUGCCAGAUACAAAGAAGGUCAGAGUUUUCUAUAAUGGGAUGACGCCAGAAUGCAGAAUGAUUGUCAAUGGUGCAGCUGGUGGCACCAUAGGAAAGAAGACAACAGAUGAGACCUUAGAGCUGUUGGAUUUAAUGGCAAGGAAUGAGAAUGCGUCUAUGGCAGCAGCAUUCCCAUCUGUUCAGCCCAAGAAAGGAAUUUUACAAUUGGGGAAUAAUGAUGCAUCACUGGCGGAGCAAAAAGUGAUUUCACAGCAAUUAGCCAAUUUGAAUGCCAAGUUGGACAAGAUGCAGCUCUCAACAUCCAAGGUUGAUAUAUUUAACUGUGAGUAUUGCAAGGAGUCGCAUGACACUAAUGAGUGCCCUACACUUAAUAAAGCUGAACCAUUCCAGGUCAAUGGAAUUUGGUACGAUCCACGUCCCCCCCAGAAUACUCAAGGUUACCCAAGGAAUCAGAAUGGCGGUCAAGGGAAUAACUUUCAAAGGAGGAACCAAGGGAGUGGCUUGGAUUAUAAAUCCAACAACUUUCUGCAACCUCCUCCUCUGCCACAAAAAGAGCCAUCUGAGUUAGAGAAAGCAAUGAUACAACUGUCCAAGACAACUAAUGAUCACAUUAAUGAGACAUGGGCUUACCACAAGAACCAGGAUGCUUCCAUCCGGAACUUGGAGAGUCAGAUAGGCCAGUUGUCUAGGCAGUUGGCUGAAAGAACUCAAGGGCAGUUUCCUGGAGAUACUAUUAUGAAUCCUAAGGAAGACUGCAAAUCUAUUGUAACCAGGAGUGAGAUUGUGAUCACCCCUCAAGACAAGCAAAAAGGCGUUCAGAAAGCGAAGGCUGAUAAACCAGUGAUCGAGCCAGAACAAGAAAAGGAGGUAGACACGCUUGCAACUGAGAAAGAAGAGCUUGCAAGGCAGGACAAAAGGGGGGAAAAAGAGAAAAUUGUUGAAGCUCUGAAGCAACCAAUGGAUUUCUCUCGUUUUGAAAAACCUCCUUAUCCUAUGAAGCUGAAGCAACAAGCACAGAAGCAACAAUAUGCCAGUGCCAUUAUACAGAAGAAGUUUCCACCAAAGCUUCGCGAUCCUGGGAGUUUCAAUAUCCCGAUUGCGAUAGGCAACACCAAUGUUGGCCGAGCACUAUGUGAUCUUGGAGCAAGCAUCAACUUGAUGCCAUUGUCAAUAUGCAAGUCAUUGGGAAUUUCUGAGUUGAAGCCAACCAUGGUAUCUUUACAGCUUGCUGACCGUUCUUUGAGGAGACCUAGUGGAAUCAUAGAAGAUGUUCUCGUUAAAGUUGACAAGUUCAUCUUCCCUGCUGAUUUUAUUGUGCUAGACAUGGAGGAAGAAAGUGAAAUACCCCUUCUGUUGGGUAGACCACUUGAUGUGUCUGAAGAGGUGAUUAUGGAAAAGAAAAGUGAUUAUCAAGAGCUUGAAGAAGAGUUGAAGGCUCAAGAUGAAGCUACUCCACAAGAAGAGCUAGAAGUUGUUUUUGAGGUGCUAGAAAAGAAAGAAAAUGAUCUAGUUACAGUAGCACCAAAAACAGAGUUGAAAGAGUUUUCUGAAACGCUGAAAUAUGCAUUCUUGGGAGAUAAAGAGCAAUAUCCCGUUAUCAUCAAUAAAGAGUUGUCUAUGGAUGAAAAAGAGAAGUUGUUGAAAGUGCUCAAGGAGCACAAGACAGCUAUUGGGUGGUCUAUUUCUGAUUUGAAGGGCAUCAACCAUUCUUUCUGUACUCACAAGAUGCUAAUGGAAGACAAUGUUAAACAUGUGAGACAAUCUCAGAGAAGACUAAACCCCACAAAGAAGGAAAUCCAUCAGUGGCAUGAAGGAAGCAAGCCAAAGGUUAAGAUGGAAAAGCCCAAGG